AAUCGGACAGCAGCGAAAACGGCGACAAAAAGACUUUUCUUAAAGCCUCCUCAAACCCUCCGUCACUUUUUUUUUCUCGGCCAAUUCAAAAUCUGAAGGAGGAAAAGGCAAUUUUUUUGUCUCAUUUGAUUUUCUGAACGCUUUCUUAUUUGUUGCCAAUGGAGCCGAGCACUUCAUCUUCUUCUUCGUCUCCAGCCCGAAACAAAUCAAUAAUCCGAUCAUCAUCAAGCGGAUCAUAUCCGUACCCAAGAACACAUACCACACUAAUGGUAAUCCCAUCAAAUCGGCCACCUCCACCACCACAGCCAGUCAAGAUGUUUACGGGUGUUCGUCGGCGUCCACCGUUGAAUCGGGCGUGUCCGCCGAUUCCGGAGAGCAAAAGUAACGAGUCGAUUAUGAGUCAUGCUUCUAGGAUAUCUGAGCACCAAAAAGCAGCAGCGGCUGCCGCAGCAACAUCUGAAACAACAACAGGUGACCUUGUUAUCGAGAACCGCAACGUAGUUGAUGUGCUCCAUCGACUUGAUGCCAACUCAAAUAUCGCUUUGCCACCGAGCAGCAACAUCAGAAAGUCGAAGGAGAAGAAGGCGAAAAUGUCGUCGACGCCGCGGAGCCCGUUGAUGAGCAUGGCGAACAGUGUGAAGAGCAAACUCACGAAAAUCACGCAUUUGGGCAGAAGCAGCAACGAGAGCAGUGGCUCUUCGUCGAAUAUCAAAACAAGUCAAAGCUUUUCGGGAAUCCGUCAACCAAAGCAAAUUCCAAAACGGAUUGAUCAGAACGCGAAUCGGGUUAUUAAAUCAUCGUCUAUGGAAGUACCCUCCACGUCGAAGGUGUGCAUUCCUCAAGACCCGACUCCACUGAUAGACGACAAAAUCGAGGAAAUCUCAGAAGCCGGUUUGAUUUCGAAAAGUGAAAUGGCACCUCCAAAACCGAAAGAGCACGUUUGUGUGAAGCUGGAAGAAGAUGUGCUCGUUGUGACCAAAGAAUUUGAUGAGCGGUAUCCGGGCCAAAAAAGGUCUGCAAGUCCAGAUGUCCCAAUGGUGGAGGAAAGCCAAACCAUGUCGGAGGUGGAUCAGCUUCCAUCGGAGCAAGUUGCUGAGACUUUUUCUGAGGAUAACGUGAAUGAGCUGGACAAUAAUGCGAAUCAAAAGACACCUGGACCAGUUCGCAGGAUCAUUCAGGAGACAACAACCACUACAAUAACCACGACUACAUUCGAUAGUCCGAUUCCGAUUAUUGAAAAGAUGGAGGUAGAAAGACCAGAAGAAGCGGAAGAUGUUAUCGUGAUAGAAGCUCCGGAACCUGUUCAGCCUCCUAUUCCGAGCCCAAAAAAGGAAAGAUUCACAUCACCGGAAAGAUAUAUCCUCCUCGUCAAAACCCCAGAAGCAUUGCGGAAGCAUCGAACUCUGACGAUUGGAGAGAAGGAUCCAACGGAAGUUGACACUGAAGAAAAGAUCCAGUACACGCGGUUGGAAACUGUAAAGUUCAAGGAAGUGAAGGAGAAGGUCAAGUAUGAGGAGCCGGUGCCGAAGGAGAAGUUCAUACUGACAAUGAAGACUCCAGAAGCUAUCCGAAGACACCAUACUUUUACGAUACGAGACAAGUCACCUGAGGAGAUGAACAAGAUCACGAAGAUAACAAAAUCCCAGUCAGAUGUUCAUGUUAGUAAGAGAGCAGCGAAGAAGUUGGUCAAACAAGCGUCGGAGCCAGAGAGACGGGAUUUAUUCGAGGAGAAGGAGGAUGUGGUGCCCGAGCCAAAGUUUGUAAUAGUUAUGAAAACUCCGGAAUGUCUUCGGAGACAUCACACCUUUACUAUAGGAGAUCGUCCGAAAAGCCCGGAUUAUCCUUAUAUUGAAGAAGGCGAGAUCACGGAACCAAUUGCAACGAUCGGACCACCAGCUGAUCGGAGGAAGAAGGAAGAAGCAAAGGAGAGAAAGAAGAGGGAAUGGGAAGAAUAUGAGACGCCGCCGAAGGAGAAGUUCAUAUUAACAACGACGACUCCUUUGGCUAUCCGGAAGUAUCAGACAUUUGUUGUGGAACCUAAAGAUGAGAAGACAGCACUUCCACAAUCAGCAAGUGCAGAUGCAGUGAUGUUGGCAAAGAAGGGAAAAGUGCAGAGAAGUGAGUCGACGGAUUCAAAGAAACAUAGCUAUUUGCGUCGUCUUCAAUUCGAAUUGUUCCGAGGACGAAGCAGGGAACGCAAAUCGGAAAAGCAGGAGAAACGACAGAAAUCGUUGGAUGAACGGAAGCCCGAGUCGGCACAGAAGUACAUCCUCUCGACGACAACGCCGAUAAUGAUGCGGAAGUAUCAGACGUUUGCGAUCGUCGACGGCGGAAAAUCGAGGGACAUAGGAGCAGACACAAAUUUGCAGUCAAUUGCGUCGGCUUAUCAGCAGAAGGAUAUGUCGUUUGAUGAAGAGAAGACAACGUCGCCUGUUAGGACAUCGGACUUUUAUUCGAUUACCGCGACUACUCCGUUGGCGAAGCGGAGGGUUGUUGUAGAAGAAAACGUUACAUCAUCAAUCCAACAACUUUCUCUCGACGAACCAAUUACAAGUCCGUCCCGAAAACCAGUUUCCCCGGAGCCACGUCACCUCUUCGUAAUGGGCGGCCGACGUUCAACAACUCCACAGGAAGACCGAAAAGUGCCCGAGCCACCGAGAAAUUUGAAACUCGACACGGAUAGAAGUCAGUCGGAUCACGCAGAACUACUCGAGGAGAGAAAGUCGACAAUGUCCGGAGAUCUAACAUCUCCUGAAGAGGAGAUUCCAAUGGAUACAAACUUGACUCCAACUACUGAAGAAGUCAUGGAAGCAGUGAUUGUCUCGAGAAGAAUCGAAGGACUAAUGACGUCACCAAUUGAAGAAGAGCCCGAAGGAUUAACCUCUUCGAUCCGUGACUUGUCAAUUAGGUCGUUGGCGAAAGAAACGGAAAGACCUGCUCCAGUAUUCACUCCUCCUAGUCCACCAAAAGAGAAUCCAUUCCAUGUAAUGACUGUCCCAAAGUCUACAUUAACCUCUUCUUCGGAAUCUGCAAUGCCAAUGACGUCAUCGUCAAGCUCUAUAAGAGCAAAACCGAAUCAACUCCCGAUCAAGAAAACGAUACAAGUGGUGGAUCCGAUGCAUAUUGUCGAACUCAAGCCGGAGCACAAGUCAAAGAAAGAAGCUCUAGCUGCGAAGUCUCUUCGUAAUGCUGGAAAAAUGCUCACACCGUCGUUUUUGCGGAAGGAAAAGAAGGGCCCCAAGAAGUCACUCUACGCAAAAACCACAUCAUCCGGCCGCCAACACAUUUCUGAAAAGAAAGAAAAGAAGGCCCCUCUAGCCGAAGGAGAAUCCACAGUGGUUGCCAACUCUCCGCUCGUCGAGAAUCUUCCAAUUACAUUCGAAAAAUGGAGCAAUAAGAGCCCACGUCUGAGUGUGAAACACUUCAACGAGACCAUCAUUGAAGAGACACUGGAUGCGAAUGCAAAUUCCAUGUCGCCACAGUUGGAGCAUCGCGUUAUUCCAACGUCGCAUCAUGUCCAAGACAACACCGGACUCAUUGACGAUGACAUUCUUGAUCAGCCAAUGCUCGUAGGCGACACAUUCUCUCAUUCGUCCUCCAUCGACUGUAUUUCUGCACAUUUGAAGAUGAACGAGAGCAUUAUUUCAAUCGAUCGGUCACUUCCUCAAAAUGAAUCAAGGAGCAGCAAUCAUGCGGCGGCUCAAAAUAAUGCGAACAGGAACACCCAAUACAUCGAAACGUCGUUGGAUCGGCAAAUCGACGCUGGCCGUUCCGAAGUUCAGGACAUUAAAUCCCAACUGCAAAAGUUGAACCGAUUAGUAAAUGAAAUGGGAGUAAGUGGUUGGGAAGAAGAGCUCACCCGUCUCCGACGUGAAAAUGAGCAACUUCGACGGGAGCUCGCUGAACGAGACGCCACAAUUGCCGCUCUUCAAUCUCAGACUGUAUCUUCUUAAAGAAGAAUUUCUGCAUUUUUAUUUUUCUCAAUUCUCACCCAAUUUUCUUAUCAUUUUCCAAAAAUGUUCGUUUUCAAAUAAUCUCCAAAUUUGUUCCAAAAACACUGAUCUCAAUUUGUAGACCACAAUGCUCUGGGUUUUCUUGAUCUGAAUUGUCGCAUUCGCAUCCUAGUUAUAAUUUAAUUUUUCAACCGGUUAAAAUUUAGUUUAAUAAAUUUUUUU